GUGGACCCGAGCCCGACAAGCAUACCAGUCACCUCUUCCGACACUGGGGCACAGAAACCCACACCGUCCUGCUGUGCUGUAGAAAGGCAGGAUACCCAAGGCGGGCAACAGCAAAAUAAAAUGACAACCUGGGCAACCAAUUAUACCAGGGACAUUUUACCGCCCAACAGCACCCUCCUGGAUCUUCCUGAACUUGGGAAUCGGCUGACUGGUGACUAUGAUAGGGACAGGCCCGCUGCAUAA